AUGACGCAGCAGACACCACGAUUCAGUCAUCCCCGAGCUAUUCAGCGUCCAGUACAUCGACUCCCAGUGCCAUCGCUCUCCAUGUCACUCCGUAGUCGUAGAGCAGAACACCCGACAAUAACUCUAGCUCUACCUCAACUCGAUCGCUACCAUGAUCGUGCUGAAAAAGUAUUGACUGAGACUAUUGCAGCUUAUGGAAUGGCAAACCAUAUUGUUGAUCCUGGACGAUGGAAAUGUCUUCGCUCACGACACGGGAUUCAACUUUAUCGAGGACGUCAAUCUACUGGUACUGAGAAUAUUCCGUUGCUCUGUGUUGGUUCUCUUCAAGGCAGCUUUGACGAUAUCAUGGAAGGAGUGAACUGUCAGAAUACAGAAGAAAUGCUGCUUAUGAACGCUAUCAACUGUCCUCGUUUAGCUGAGAGUGCAGUGCUUUACAAAUUACAGCGACAGACACAGUGCGAGCCGUACGCAUUUACAGGGAUCAAGUGGACCACCAUCAAGGUUGCGGUCGCAAGCAAUCGAGACUUGUGUUACUUCGACAAGAUGGGACUGGUGCGUCAGACAUCAGGGAAACGGAUGGCCUACCACAUCAUACAAUCGGUAGAUCUACCCGAGUAUCCACACAAGGCCAUGCACAAGCGCAUACAAGCUUCACUGUGCUACGUGUUUGAGGAGCUCGAGGAUAAUUUAGUAGGAGUCUACAUGCAGGGCCACAUGGACAACAUAGCCCUGUCGUACUUUUCCACACCUGCAGUGUCGGAUUUAUUACUGGCAGUCACGAACGCGUUGGAAUGUACACGAGCCAAAAAACUUGCAGAGAUGAUGGCCAUUGCACCUUCUGGACGUUACCGACGACAAUCGUCUCGUAGAUGCUGCGAUGUGUGUCGAGGCAGUACAUCGUUCUUUGAUAGUUUACAGGAAUGUGCUGGUUGCAACUUUAAAUAUGUUUGCAAGAAGUGUCGUCUAAAAGAGAACGUUCUGACGCGUGACAACGCAUCGAGUUCUCAUCUAGUGCGUGCUGAGUUCUGUCGCGUGUGUAUUUCCAAACUGGACUCAAUUUCGAUCGAUCAGCUACGUGCCGAAGCGAAUGAAUUUAGCGUCGCUGCAUCGCCGAUAGCAGACAUGAACAGCACAUUGUGCAAAGCCAAAGAAGAGCCUGAAGACGUCGAUAUUCCAGGCAGUGACCGGUCAUUGACGGCAUUUACUCUCAAGAUAUCGGCAAAGGUGCAAGAUCUCAGCAGUCACAAUGAUAUUCGCCUCUCAAACUUGUCAUCAAUGGAGAAGGUUUCAAUCUCAGAGGAUGACGAUGAAGAUGCGCUACUGGGAGAAGGUCAAGACGUGCUCAACUCAUUUGGAAAGAAGAGCAAGAAGCUUGUGCCGUUUGAAAAGGAUUUUGCCGACUAUAUACGCCGCAGUUCACGCUCAACGACCUCGACGGUAUCGUCUUCAUACUACCACGAUGACGACGAUACGGAACAGUAUCGAACGUCGCUAUUUGCACGAUUGGUUCAAGUAUCAAAUCAAGCAGAGGCGACAUUACAUCUCACGAGAGAGCAAUCACUCAUUGCUCACUCUGUUUACCAACGCAAUCGUCGGUUUCCAGGAUUAGUAGACAAUAGAGUUUCCAAGCGUUCAAAGCAUGUGCAUUACAAGCACAUUUAUGAAGAUAAGACAGUCUCAAUUGGCAUCUUUAUCCUGCCUCCAGGUGUGUCCAUCCCACUGCAUGAUCAUCCACGGAUGAGUGUCAUUUCCCGUGUCUUAUACGGAUCGAUACAUGUCAAGACGUAUGAUUUUGUCAAGGGUGACACUGUAUCAAACGACAAGAAACGUUUGGCACGUCUUCGAAUGGAUAAGAUUGCCACGGCACCGUACACGCUGGAGCUGCUGCCGGAUUGCGGUAAUUUGCAUGAACUUGUCGGUGGAGAUGACAUUGGCUGUGCAUUCUUAGACAUUAUAACACCACCCUACGACGCCCAGGACGGACGCGACUGCUCCUACUUUCGAGUCAUCAGCUCAAUUGAUGAUGAACAGAAUGCUGACGAAACGAUGUUCGAGCUUGAGUCCUAUGAGCUACAAGACUUUGACGUCAUCUUGGAGGCAUAUGAUGGUCCUCACUUACAACGCUACAUGUGCUGA